AUGACGCAGAGAGUCUCACUUUCUUCGGGCCAGCGUCGUCGCCGUGACCUGAGCAAGGCCCUUCUCCUCCUCUCGCUCGUCCUCCUCUCGUCUCUCCACACGGUGUUUGCCUUCCGCUUCUCCGCGGGGCUCCGCGCAGACAAGCUGCGCGGGAUGAUGCGCGGAUGGGCGCAAGGCGGACGCUCGACCGGCCAGCAGCAGCAACAGCAGCAGCAGCAACAGAGCGGCGGAAUUGGUGGAAACAAUAUGGGCGGCAGCGGAAUGGGCAGCGGAGGAAUGGGCGGCGGCAGCAUGGGUGGCGGCGGAAUGGGCGGCGGCGGAAUGGGUGGAAGCAGUAUGGGCGGCGGCGGAAUUGGCGGGGGCGGAAUGGGCGGGGGCGGAAUGGGUGGCGGCGGAAUGGACGGCGGAAGCAUGGGUGGCGGCGGAAUGGGCGGCGGCGGAAUGGGCGGCGGCGGAAUGGGCGGCGGAAGCAUGGGUGGCGGCGGAAUGGGCGGCGGCGGAAUGGUUGGUGGUGGAAUGGGCGGCGGGGGCAUGGGCGGCGGCGGAAUGAGCGGCGGCGGAAUGGGCGGCGGCGGCAUGGGCGGACCUGGGUCCUCUGCUCCCGGAUCACAAUCAGCCAUGGGUCCUGGGGGGACCAUGGGCGGCGGAAUGGGUGGCGGUGGAAUGGGUGGUGGCGGAAUGGGCGGCGGCGGAAUGGGCGGCGGCGGAAUGGGCGGCGGCGGAAUGGGCGGCGGCGGAAUGGGCGGCGGCGGAAUGGGCGGCGGCGGAAUGGGCGGCGGCGGAAUGGGCGGCGGUGGAAUGGGCGGUGGCGGAAUGGGCGGCGGCGGCAUGGGUGGCGGCGGAAUGGGCGGCGGUGGAAUGGGUGGCGGCGGGAUGGGCGGCGGCAUGGGCGGACCUGGGUCCUCUGCUCCCGGAUCACAAUCAGCCAUGGGUCCUGAGAGGGGCAUGGGAGGCGGUGGAAUGGGCGGCGGAGGCAUGGGCGGGUCAGGGUGGUUUGCUCCAGGGUCGCAGGCAGCACCCGGCCAGGGUGGACCUGGGAUGGGCGGAGGGAUGGGCGGAGGGAUGGGCGGACCAGGGCCCCGGGGAGCACGGAGCUUGGAGCGGCAGCAGGUGGCAGCAGUGGAGGAGGAAGAGGCGCACGCUCAACAGCUUGGCGGAGCUGAAGAGCUGCGCGCGGCGGAUCUGGGCGCGGCGGAGGUGCGGAUGGCGGAGCUGCGGAUGGCGGAGGUGCGGAUGGCGGAGCUGCCGAUGGCGGAGGUGCGGAUGGCGGAGCUGCGGUCGGCGGAGCUUCAAAUGCAGCUCCAAGCUGCGGAUGCAGCUGGGGGCUCGAUGUUGUCCAUCUGCCGCCAUCGCGGAGCUCACCAGCGCCGUCGCCGUGACCUGAGCACGGCUCUUCUCCUCGUCUCGCUCGUUCUGCUCUCGUCUCUCCACGCGGCGAUGGCCUUCCGCUUCUCCGCGGGGCUCCGCGCGGACAAGCUGCUCAAUAUGAUGCGUGGAUCAGCGCAAGGCGGACGCUUGACCGGCCAGCAGCAGCAACAGCAGCAACAACAGAGCGGCGGAAUCGGUGGAAGCAGUAUGGGCGGCGGCGGAAUGGGCGGCGGCGGAAUGGGCGGCGGCGGAAUGGGUGGUGGCGGAAUGGGCGGCGGAAGCGUGGGUGGCGGCGGAAUGGGCGGCGGAAGCAUGGGUGGCGGCGGGGGUGGCGCCGGAAUGGGCGGCGGCGGCAUGGGCGGCGGCGACAUGGGCGGCGGUGGCAUGGGCAGCGGUGGAAUGGGCGGCGGGGGAAUGGGCGGCGGCAGCAUGGGCGGCGGUGGAAUGGGCGGCGGCGGAAUGGGUGGCGGCAGCAUGGGUGGCGGCGGCAUGGGUGGUGGUGGAAUGGGCGGCGGCGGGAUGGGCGGCGGCGGUAUGGGCAGCGGUGGAAUGGGCGGCGGCGGAAUGGGCUGUCGGGGAAUGGGCGGACCUGGGUCCUCUGCUCCCGGAUCACAAUCGGCCAUGGGUCUUGGGGGGAACAUGGGUGGCGGCGGAAUGGGCGGCGAGGGCAUGGGUGGUGGCGGAAUGGGCGGCGGGGGAAUGGGAGGCGGCGGAAUGGGCGGCGGCGGCAUGGGUGGCGGCGGAAUGGGCGGCGGUGGGAUGGGCGGCGGCGCCACGGGUGGCGGCGGAAUGGGCGGCGGUGGAAUGGGCGGCGGGGGAAUGGGCGGCGGCAGCAUGGGCGGCGGUGGAAUGGGCGGCGGGGGAAUGGGCGGCGGCGGCAUGGGUGGCGGUGGAAUGGGCGGUGGCGGAAUGGGCGGCGGGGGAAUGGGCGGACCUGGGUCCUCUGCUCCCGGAUCACAAUCAGCCAUGGGUCCUGGGGGGAACAUGGGCGGAGGCAUGGGCGGCGGAGGGAUGGGCGGCGGAGGCAUGGGCGGCGGAGGCAUGGGCGGGUCAGGGUGGUUUGCUCCAGGGUCGCAGGCAGCACCCGGCCAGGGUGGACCUGGGAUGGGCGGAGGGAUGGGCGGAGGGAUGGGCGGAGGGAUGGGCGGAGGGAUGGGCGGAGGGAUGGGUGGAGGGAUGGGUGGAGAGAUGGGUGGACCAUCGUCGUUUUCUCCUUGA